AUGCUUGGCCGAUUAUCAACUCGAAUGCUGCCACUUCUGGCUGUUAAUAUUAUCAAGAAAAAAGACAUGGAAUUUGAGGUGCAUCCUUACUAUAAUCUCACAGUAAAAAUCCUGAGAGCCAGAAACAUCCAUGGCCUAGAUUUAUUGUCUAAAUCAGAUUGUUAUGUGGCCUUAAAACUUCCUACGGCAUCGCCAUUGAUAAAAAGAACUCCAGUUGUCUAUAACAGCAGCGAUCCUGAAUGGAACGAAACUUUCCAAUACCGAAUCCAUAGUGCUGUAAAGAAUAUUCUGGAGUUAUCAUUCUACAACAGAGGCAUUUUGCUGAGCAGUCUGAACAGUUAUGAUACUUCCGUUGCUUUUGAUGUAGGUAAUAUUGCUCCAGGACAGAAUCUGACACAUACAUUUGUGUUAAAUUCUGAGGCACAACCUUGUCUGUGUAUUAAAGGAACUAUCAAUAAAAGUAAGAUGGCUCCAUGGAUAAUAAGGGAUAAUUGCCAAAUUAACUUAUCAGUACCAGGGUCCUUUGAAAAUCAGUUAACAAUGUUCUGUGGAGAAAAUUUAGAAGAAAACCAUGAGGAGAUUCCAUUUAUCUUUCAUGUGAACAAAGAAGUGUCCUCUCACCUGAACCUGAAAUUGUUACAAACCAUAGCAAUACUAGAGGAAGGAUGGAGUGAGGAUUUACAGGUGAAGACUUCAUUGGUUGGGAAUGCAAUUAUUCCAGUCUCAGAACUCCCUCUUGGAAAGGAAGUUGAACUGACUGUACCCCUAGGAAGGGAUCAAGCUUUGGAUCUGACCGUGAAAGUUGAAGAAAGGAACCAUCCUAUUGAUAUGGAUAUGCGUAUUGGCUUUAAACUUUCCAAAGGAGAGCAAGAAUUUUUGGCAAGGAGAAGGAGUAUUGUUUCUCAUGCUUUAAAGAAGGUAUUAAAGCUGAGGGUACCACCUUGGAAACAUGAGGUUCCUAUAGUGGCUGUAUUAGCUUCUGGUGGAGGGAUGAGAGCAAUGACCAGUUGUUAUGGCAGCCUGUUUGGACUACAACAGCUGGGCCUCUUAGAUAUCCUCACAUAUUUUAGUGGCAUCUCAGGGUCUACAUGGUGUAUGUGUAUGCUCUACAAAGACCCCUACUGGUCACAAAAAAAUCUCCAGAAUGCAGUUGACAGUGCUCAGAAAAUUGUAACAAGUGGAAAAGUUGGGGCAUUUUCUGCUGAACAACUCGCAUAUUAUUUUCAGGAGUUAAUUGCCUUGGAGAAAACAGGAAGAAAGGCCACCCUUGUGGAUUUAUGGGGCCUUAUCAUAGAGUACAUCCUAAACAACAAGAAGGAUCCAACAAAGCUAUCUGACCAACAGAAAGCAGUCAUAAAGGGACAAAACCCAUAUCCUAUUUAUGCAGCUCAAAAUGUGAGGUUGAAUAUUAAAACCAGCGAAUUUACAGAAUGGGUUGAAUAUACACCCUAUGAAUUUGGUAUUUAUAAAUAUGGGGCUUUUAUACGCAUGGAAGACUAUGGGAGUAAAUUCUUCAUGGGACUAUUGCUUGAGAAACAUGAGGAGCCCAGAAUCUGUUUCCUCCAAGGAAUUUGGGCUAGUGCCUUUGCGGGCAAUAUAGAUGACAUGUGGGAAGAUGCAGAGAUUUCUCAGCUGAAAUUCACAGAAUCUGUGAAAGAUGCCAUCAGAAUUGCAGAUGAACUGUUGGGUUCUCAGUCUCUUGACCCUUCACUGAAACAGUCUCAAGGUAUCAUGCCAGGAGGAGUCUUUACACAUUUAUUUAGCAAUUUAGUUAAAUCACGAAUCACCACCGGGGGAAAUUUUAACUUUCUUCAUGGACUGCAUCUGCAUCGGAACUAUGUAAAUGAUCAAGAAUUUGUAGCAUGGAAAGGGACACAUCUGGAUGCUAUACCUAAUCAGCUGACACCCCAAGAAAGCAGUCUGCAUCUAGUAGAUGGAGGAUUUGCUAUCAAUUCCCCCUUUCCAUUGGUGCUUCAGCCAGAGAGAGACGUGGAUGUGAUCUUCUCAUUCAAUUAUUCUUGGCAAGCUCCUUUUGAAGUCUUGCAUCAAGCACAGAGAUAUUGUGAAGAAAGAGGCAUCCCUUUCCCACACAUUGCUGUGACUGAUAGUGACAAAAAGCAACCAAAGGAGUGUUACAUGUUUUUGAAUGCUACAGAUCCCAGGGCCCCCAUUAUCCUUCAUUUCCCCUUGGUGAACGAAACAUUUAAAAAAUACAAAGCACCAGGAAUAAAACGUGAGACUGAAGAGGAAAAGUCUUUUGGUGACUUCCAACUAUACACAGAAGAUAGUCCUUAUAGUUCCACGAACCUCACCUAUGAGCCAAUACAAUUUGAUAGAUUGCUGCAAUUAAACUGUUACAAUAUUAUCAACAACAAGGAUACCAUUACAAAAGCUCUCACUAUGGCCAUGAUGCGAAAGAAAUUCAAGAAAAAGAGGAAAUGA